CGCGUCCUUCAACACGGCAGUGUGCGACACUGUGAGCUCGUACGAGUUGCUAAUCGGCGGUUCAGUUUGGAGCCGUGAGGUUUUGUUGCUUUACAUCUCCGGGAGUCUUCAAGAAUUUAUUAGCACAGUUAUGUCGACGAGCGACUUCUAUUUAAGAUAUUAUGUGGGCCACAAAGGAAAAUUCGGACACGAGUUUCUGGAGUUUGAGUUUAGGCCGGACGGGAAGCUGAGAUAUGCCAACAACAGCAACUAUAAAAAUGAUGUCAUGAUCAGAAAGGAGGCGUAUGUUCACAAGAGCGUGAUGGAGGAGCUGAAAAGGAUCAUAGAUGACAGUGAAAUCACCAAGGAAGAUGAUGCAUUGUGGCCCCCUCCCGAUAGGGUCGGAAGACAGGAACUGGAGAUUGUCAUCGGUGAUGAACACAUCUCAUUCACAACAUCCAAAAUUGGAUCUUUGAUUGAUGUCAACCAGUCUAAGGACCCAGAAGGCCUCAGAGUGUUCUACUACCUGGUACAAGACCUCAAGUGUCUUGUCUUCAGUCUCAUUGGGCUCCAUUUCAAGAUCAAGCCUAUCUAAGUUCAGCAGUUUUUACAGUGUGACAGUUUUGUUUUUUGGCUUCUUAACAUUUGUAAAUUUCUGAUUUAUGUUUUCUUUUUUAAAUAAAUGAUUGAUUCACUCAAA